CCAAAAUUACCCAAUUGGCUCAAGCAGUCGAGGGACCGGAUGCUAUUGUGUUUAUUUUAUUUUACACGAAGAAGACAUGUGAUCAUGGACAUGAUGGAUGACUUGAAUUCGUUCGAAGGGACAUCCGAACCCCCUAAUUACUUACAAGAACACAUAUGGUUGCAAAUAGUGAUUGGGGUCGUGUCUGUCAUAUUACUUCUAGUCCUUAUCUACUUAUUCUACAAGUUAUACAGACGCUGCACUCGUUAUGAUUAUACUCCAUUGAAAGAAGAUCUUGCUCUGCCCGAAAAACUCUCUCAGGCCAGACAAAUCCAGCGGAAUGAAGUCCGAGAUGGUGCCCUCCUGAAUUUCCAGUUUUACAUGCGAUCUCACAACCCUAAAUACAGCUUCAGCCAACACCUUCCUGAUAUGGGUAGCCGUGUGGACAAGUAUUGGUUCUUGGUCAGAGAGCAUGGUCAUUGGAAGGAUCUUGUGGUAACGCAGUGUUCCAAGAGCCCUGUAUGCCCUCUGCCUUUCUCCUUCUCAAACCAGAAGACAAUAAGAGAUAUGCUGCUGGAUUUAAAGCACCCUUACAUCUGGCCUACCAUAGAUAUUGAUCUGUGGGAGGAGCAUGAGAUGGUAAUCUUGACACAAGAAUUCAAUUCAAAUGGAUCACUGAAGGAUUAUAUUUACAAUGUAAAACCAAGACAUGAUUGGUCGAAUAAAUAUGCUAUGCAGUCAAGGGGUCUUGCUCUGAAACAAAUCCGAUUGUAUGGUCUACAAAUACUUAAGGGAGCAUUAUACCUGCAAGAGAACGGGUUUCCACCACACUGUCACAUCCAAGCAGGCAAUGUCAUCAUGAAAAAAGGAGCUUGCAGAUUGGCGGGUUACGAGAACGUCUUCCUCGGGUACACGUCCAAACUCUUUCCUAUCAUAAGGCGUCUUCUGAAGGAUAAACCAGAAGCCAUCGACAGCAUUUGUAUGGGGCAUCUGCUGUAUGAAAUGGGUGCUGGUAGAGAAUUAGAAGAAGCUGUUCCUACGAGAGCACAACUCAAUAGGUGUAAAUAUUCAGAACUUAUUCAGCUGCUAGAAUUCAUCUUUGAUAUAGCAGGCGAUUAUCCUUCUCUGUCUGAUAUAGCAGAUCACCAUUUCUUCGCUGAUGUCAAAUUACCCGAGCUGAAGAAACAUUCACCAAGCAAUAUUCAUCUGACUGCAGCAAUGAAAGCUCUGAUCAAGGCGGCAAAGAAAGGAAAAGUUCUCAAAUCUCGCUCAAGGUCAAAUGCAAAUGCAAGGUCAUCUUUCAGAAAUAAGAACAAGAGUUCAUCCAAGCGAGCAUCGACGGCAACAAAUGGAGACGUGGCUAAUUCAAGUCAGAACAGACAACAAUCUUCAUCAGCGCCUGCUGUCACGAUAGCACCCCCUCCCCCUCCUCCUCCAGUCCAAUCUGCUAUCCCUCCUCCACCGUCAGUGCCAGCACCCCCGCCAGCAAUUGGAUUUGCCCCAGCUUCCAGUAACAGUAAUGCUGCAAGGGAUGUUCCAAAUGUGGAAGGCAGGGGCGCCCUCUUGAGUGACAUAAGGAAGGGUAUGAGCUUGAAGAAAACGGUCACCAGAGAUAAAAGUGCUCCAAAAGUGUGAUGCUUUUAGGGGAUGUUGU